AUGCAAUCCAAGCAGAACGCCGACAGUGCUGCUGAGCAAGUGGCGAUAGUCACCACUGGCUCGCUUCCACGUUCGACGCCAAGCCACCACGGUCCAGUCCGAUCAUCACCCAUUCAAACGCCGCAAAUCCCGGUCUCAGGAGGCGAGCAGAGCGCGUCUGGCUCGAGCUCGCUGCCGCAUUCGACCGCGGGUCUGUCAUCAUCAUCGGCGUCCUCUGCUGAGAGCACUGCGCUCUCAAGGCGCCUGGCACCGCUCCAACCGCAUGCAAGUCUCUCGUUGGACCCUUCUGGACCCACUUCCACGGCGCUCAUCACACCGAACGGCGUUGGAAAUGCCGGCCCUGGAUCUCCAGCUCAACCGGCCGCAUUCAAGUUCAUUGGCGCACAGGGCUACCGACCUGCAAGUCGCUCAGAAUACCUGCUCCGAUGCUGGUGCAUCAAGCGCAACAUGUCCAUCAAAACGCUACUUGGAAUCUGGUUCUUCGGGACGUUUCUCCUGGCAGUGAUUUUGAACACGGCUCUCUUUGCUCGAAAUUCAGGCGACAUUGUCGACAAGGUCUUGUCGCUUGGGUUUACCAUCCUCUUUCUCGGCAUCCAGUUUGGAUUUAUCUGCUGGUUUGUCAUGACGCUGACACGACCCCUGCGGGCGUUCGAGCAGGACAUGAGAAACAUGACGAAAUUGCUCGAGGCAAUGAAUGCAGAUGAGCCAGCCCCACCACUUUCCGCGCAGCCCAAACCGAGCGUUGGCCAACCAGCAGCAGAGCCAGCUUCGCCUUUGCCUGUAGACCACGCGAGCAUCGCAGUUCCCGGGUCACCCGCGAACGAUCUCGAAGCGGGCAGCGCGGCGCUCGCGGAAAAUGCAGCUUCGUCAAGCAGAGUCUCAGAGCUGACUCAAGUGUUUGAAGCACAGUCUCAACUGCUGACAAUGGCGUCUCGCACUCACGAGCGCAACCAUCGCCUUCGCACAGACUUGACCAUGGCGUAUGAUACCGUGUCACAGUUGAUGCAACGAUUGCAGCAGCGCGAGCGCCAACUUGCUGCCGCUCAGCGCGAAUUGCUCGACUUUGAACUCAUUGUUUCUCAAAUGGCCGCUGCCGAUGAAGCCGCGCAUGGUGCAACGGACGACAACGUAUCCGUCUAUGACGAUGACGACCAGCAGAGCCUUGCCAGUUUUGCAGAGGCCGAGGUUGAGGACAAUCCAGCCCCGCCCUCGGCUGCCCCGCGUCUCGAGGUGCCGGCGCCACCAUCCCGAGCUCGUCGUCCUUCAUCUGUGUCUCUAAGCGGAGGAGACAUUGAACGGUUGAAAUACCAGGUGGAGCACUCGCGCCAACAGGGCAUUUUUGCCGACACAGCGUUUGAGGCCAACCGGCUGGUGCUUCCCAGGACUUCUCUGCCACUUUCUCCCCCGCCUCGCGUUCUGCCGCCGCCGGCAGCUCACAGCGGAAUCGACCAAGUGUUGGCCGCAGUUGGCUCUGCGCCUGCGGUCAUUUCAGUCACGCCCGCCACCCCACACGACCCUGCACCGCCACCCAAUCCCCUUCCAACUGUUCAGCCCGUCGAGGGUGCGUUAAUAGCGCCUCCACCCAUGCAUCCCUCGUCCAACACUACUCCGCGACUCGUCUCUCUGUCGUCUCAGUUACAUCGACGGAUUGAGCCGCUUCUCGGACUCUCGCUCCGGUCUGUCUCCAAACCCUUCACGAUCAGUAUCGGCACGUGGAAUGUCGGCAAUGCCGCGCCGGUUGGAACGCUGCUUCCGUGGGUUGAUCCUGGGGCAGACUUGGUCGCAAUUGGAGUUCAAGAGUGCGCGUAUUCCGCUCCAGAAGGAAGCAGCUGCGAGAGUCACUUUCAUAGCCUCUUGCUCGAUGCUCUAGGAUCGCAAUUCUCAACUGUCACCGUGUGCAACAUUCUUGCUGCGGCAGGAAUGCGCGCUCCCAACACCAAAGCCUUUUAUGACACGGCCGGCAUUCGCCUGUUUGUGUUUGCACGCCGCGCCAUCGUUCGCUACAUUUCCAGCGUGCAGACGGACGCCGUUCGAACGGGCCUGGCCAAAGUUGGCUUUAACAAGGGCGCGGUUGGCGCGUCCUUGCGUCUGUUUGAUCUUUCCAUCUGUUUUGUGAAUGCCCACUUUGCGGCUCACCAGGAGAAAAUCCGUGAGCGCAACCAAGACUUUGGUCGCAUCAUCUCCAAAAUGAAUCUGGGCGAGUCGGACGCGGACUUUUCAAACGCCUUCCACGCUGUCUUCUGGAUGGGGGAUUUGAACUAUCGUAUCGAACGAUCGCGCGAUGCCGUUCUCAGCACCAUCUCGACCGUUCAGCAGGACCAGCAACGCGUUGCAGCCGAGGCUGCUGCGACCCAUCUCGCUUCGUUCGAGGCGCAGUCGCAACUGGCGAACGAGGCGUCUGGCCUGCCAGCCAAUCCGUGGCGCGAUUUGCUCAGCGUGGAUCAGCUCAACCUAAACCGCGCCGCUGGUUGCGUGUUUGCUGGAUUUGACGAAAUGCCCAUUUCUUUUGCACCCACCUUCAAGCUCGAUCCUGGCGCUUCGACAUACGAGUCGGUGAAGAAGCGUGUACCAUCGUGGUGCGAUCGCGUCUUGUACAAGACUCUGCCCGGCGUCUCUGUUUUGCCCGUUUCGUACGAAUCCGUGCCCACGAUGCGCUCCUCUGAUCACCGUCCCGUCCAGGCAAAGUUCACCAUCGAUAUUCCGCUCCCGCGCCCGGUCUCCGUUCAGCGCAUGUUCCCUGCACGACUCGUUUUGACAAACGUGAUUGUCACCCAAGUGCCCAAUCCUCCAGCAUACGUCACCUGGUCUGAGGGCGUGGAUUCUGGCCAUGCGCAUCAUCAUGCCGCCGCCGGCGUCGACACUGCUGCAGGUCCGUCCUCACCCGCGAAACCAGCUAGUGCCCACCGUAUUCCGACAGAGCCGGUCCUUGCCGCUGGACUUGCCGGCACUUUGGCGCCUGCAAUGAACGCUGCUGCUGCCGCCGCUGUGAUUGCCAGCCCGUCCGUGCACAGUGAGGGCUCUGGCGUGGUUGUUUCGCUGGACGACACCAAAGCGGAAACGAGCGCUCGCGGGGCGCUACUCACGUUUUUGCCAAAGUUUGGCAAAAAGCGCAAACCUUCCGAUGACCACGAUGACGCUCCAGGAGAUGCCGACGAUGACGCCAUGCACCUUGGCGAAAUUGCAAUGGACAGCGAGCAGCUCGGAACCGAUGCGGACAACUCGCUCCUCUUUGCCAGCUCUUUUAUGCAAACGGUGGUUUGGUCGCAAUGGCACCGCCAGUCGCUGACGCUGGAUUUGUGGGAGACCGAAUUGCAAGAGCUGGGAACGUUGCAUGUCAAGAUCUUCCUACGCCGGAAACUCGAUCAGUCGGCCUCCUACUCUGACUUGUCGGCGCUCGACGAGCGUCGCAAGGCAACCCAUCGCCUUGGCGAGGGAGCGCUUGGGCUCCGGUCUGUCGUCGACGCGCUUCUGGCCAGCUCGCCGUUGACACCCGCCACCAAAUCGGUUCGGCCAUCGGACGGCGACGCACCCACCAAGCAAGUGAAUCGCGAAACGCCGUUUGAUGUUCCCUUGUUUCAGAACGGUCGGCUCGUUGCGCACGUUCGUGGCAUGGCGAAACUGUCGCGGCGCAGUAACCGUCGGACGGCUACGAUUCUGGCGAAAUUCCCCAAGGAACUCCAUCACGCAAUCUUCGAACACCAGGGCUGCCACAUCCCCGGUUCUACGUUGUUUGUGUAUCCGCUCGAAAGAGGCGAGCUGAGUGAGUAUGAUGACGACCACGCCACAAAGGUUAAUGUCCUUGUCUGUUUGAAGAAGGAAGAAGAUCAUUUUGUCGCCAAGAAUGGCUACCACGCUUACCCUUACCUCCUGACACGCUCCAAGUUUCCACUGUCUGAUGAGGACUGGAGUGAGUUUGUCAAGCACCUGCCGCCAUAUCUGCAUGGGGAACGCAAGUCCUUUGCCGAUUACUUUUUGAUGGAUUUCGUGUAACUUUGUGUUUGGCGCGAAAACCUGAGCUGAGAAAUCCGGUUUCUUGGCUUUUUCUCUUGAUUUUGUGCUGCUUUGCCUCGGACACCUAGUUCUUCAUUGUAUUGAAUACAGCGACGCAUCUGCU